ACAAACAUAUAUAUUUCUUCAUAUAUAGCUGUCAUCUGAUCUGAUCUGAUCUGCUGAAAACCUCUUGGAUCAUCAAGAAUGGCUCAUUAUCAUGUGAACCCAUCAUUUCUCCUGCUUUUCUUCAUCACUCUAUCGCCUGCAGUGAUCAACAUGGUUCAAACCGAGGCCAGAAACCUCCUGGAAAUAACCUUGCCUCAACUCCCUUUUCCUGAAAUCCCUACAAUAUUGCCUAAACCUGAAAUACCCGAAAUUCCAAAACCUGAGCUACCAACUUUGCCAAAGCCUGAAUUCCCAGAAAUUCCACAUCCGGAGCUUCCAUCCAUUCCAAAGCUGCCUGAAUUCCCUGAAAUCCCAAAACCUGAGCUGCCUGCAUUUCCCAAGCCAGAGCUGCCAACGAAGCCAUGAUUAAGUUCUUAAACGCUUGCCUGCUUAAGCGCAUAUAUAUAUAUAUAUGUUCUCCCGCAUUCUCUCAAUAUUUACACUUUAAUUUGUUCAUCAUACAUCCAUUACUAUAUAGUAUUUACAUGUUGUGUAUUCCCAUGCUCUCUCAGUUGUACUCUGUCUUUCAACUCAUAUUUGGUGCUCAACAAUUACCUUAAUGCAUCAUGCACGUGCUUUUGUACGUACUUUAAUUGUUGUUGUAUUUGUUUUAUUAACAUUAUUAAUUAUUCUGUUGUUAUUAAAA